AUGCAGCGCCUGGCUGCUAUAAAGCCCUCUCCUCUCCUCCGUUUUUCGAUCGCCCCUCUUUCCCUUCGUCGUCCUCCUCAUUGCACUCUCCGACGCCUAGCUCCCUUUUAUCUCUGUAAUCAACCACAUCUGAACUCUGCUGCCACCAUGGCCUACACGCACGGGACGCCCUAUGUGACCCCUCACAUCCUCCACAAGAACUAUGCACAGGCAUUCGAUGCCGAGCCCAGUUCUUUAGUCGGCCGUGACCUGGAGUAUUUCUCGCAGGCCGGUUUCGACAUGGACAGGAUCCAGAUCAAGCGCAAUGCCCCCGUCGCCCUCUUGUAUGAGGAUGCCAUCCGGAAUGAGGGGGCUAUCGUCUCCUCAUCAGGUGCCCUGAUCAACUUCUCCGGUAAGAAGUCUGGCCGUAGCCCCAAGGACAAGCGUAUCGUCUACGAGGAGACGUCGAAGGAUGAGAUCUGGUGGGGCUCUGUCAACAUUAUGAUGGACGAACACACUUUCGAGAUCAACCGCGAGCGUGCAAUUGACUACUUGAACACGCGAGACAAUGUCUACGUCUUCGAUGGUUACGCUGGGUGGGAUCCCGAAUACCGCAUUAAGGUCCGGGUCAUCUGCGCUCGCGCGUACCACGCGUUGUUCAUGAACAACAUGCUCAUCCGUCCGACAGAGGAGGAGCUGAAGGAUUUCGGCGAACCCGACUUCAUCAUCUACAAUGCUGGACAGUUUCCGGCGAACCGUUUCACGAAGGGCAUGUCCUCGACGACAUCCGUUGAGAUCAACUUCAAGCGAAUGGAGAUGGUCAUCCUCGGCACCGAGUAUGCUGGAGAGAUGAAGAAGGGUGUCUUCUCCGUGAUGCACUAUUUGCAACCCGUCAAGUUCGGCCAGCUUUCGCUGCACUCUUCCGCGAAUGUCGGAAUGGACAAGGGCGACGUCACUCUUUUCUUCGGUCUGUCUGGUACAGGAAAGACGACCCUUUCUGCCGACCCCCGUCGGCUGUUGAUCGGCGACGACGAGCAUGUGUGGUCGGACAAGGGUGUCUUCAACAUCGAGGGGGGCUGUUAUGCCAAGUGCAUGAACCUGUCCGCGGAAAAGGAGCCGGAGAUCUUCAACGCGAUUCGCUUCGGCAGCAUCCUCGAGAACGUUGUCUAUAACCCCAUCUCACGUGUUCCGGACUACGAUGACAUCAGCAUCACCGAGAACACCCGCUGCGCGUACCCCAUCGAGUACAUCCCGAACGCGCAGAUACCUUGCGUCGUCGAUCGCCAGCCAAGCAACAUCAUCAUGUUGACUUGCGAUGCGUUUGGUGUGUUGCCCCCGGUGAGCAAGCUCACCCCGGAGCAGGCCAGCUACCACUUCCUCGCUGGAUACACAUCAAAAACCCCUGGAACUGAGGACGGUGUGUUGGAGCCGAUCCCCACUUUCUCGACGUGCUACAGCGCGCCCUUCAUUGUCCUUCACCCUGGUCGCUACGCCGAGAUGCUCGCGGAGCGCAUGGCCAAGUACAAGGUCGACUGCUGGCUCAUCAACACCGGCUGGACUGGUGGUAAGUUCGGCUCGGGCAAGCGCUGCCCGCUUAAGUACACGCGCGCGAUCGUCGAUGCGGUGCACUCAGGCGAGCUCGCGAAGGCAGAGUACGAGACGUUUGGCACGUUCAACCUCCAGAUCCCCACGGGCCUUGAAGGCGUCCCGCGCGAGCUGCUGAACCCCCGCCAUGCGUGGGCAGACAAGGAGGCGUUCGAACGCGAGGUGCGCAAGCUCGCAGGCAUGUUCCGGAAGGCAUUCGCUCUGUACGAAUCGGACGUCGACGAGAAGGUGCGCUUGGCGGGCCCGGAGGUCUGA